AUGAAAUUCGUGAUCCUCGCCUGCGUGGCCGCCGUGGCCGUCGCCGCCCCCAGUACGCCUACGAGACACCCGCCCCGACCUACCUCGCCCCCCGCCUCCAUCCGCGAUGAGUCCGCUGAGCUGAUCGAGUUCAUUCCUAUCCUGAGGGACGAUCGCGUCCACGAGGACGACGGAAGGUACAACCUCGACGUGGAGACUGCCAACGGCAUCUCCAUGUCCCAGUCCGGCUCUCCCGACGGUCCCGACGGCGCCAUCGUCAAGGCAGGACAGACUAAACAUAACAGUAGCUAUAUCACUCUUACCAAUAUAAAUGUUUCCAGUUACACCGCCCCUGACGGCUCUCUGAUCGAGAUCAAGUUCGUGGCCAACGAGAACGGAUUCCAGCCCAGGGUGAUCCUCGCCUGCGUGGCCGCCGUGGCCGUCGCCGCCCCCCAGUACGCCUACGAGACACCCGCCCGACCUACCUCGCCCCCGCCGCCUCCACCCGCGACGAGUCCGCUGAGAUGA